AAUAGCAGUCUCUGCUGCAUUUGCAGCAGAGGAUUGGAAGGAGCUGCGAAGGUACAGGAUUGACAGGCCUCUGAACAGAAGAGGUUAUAAACUACUGGUGAAAGCAGCUGAUUUCGGAAGUAGGAAAGCCAUGGAGCGAAUAGCCUUUGCCUUAUUAUUUGGUGACCAACUGCCCCAGAACGUCACGGCAGCUAAAGAUCUCUUUGAAGCCCUGGCAGAAAAUGGCUCUCAUAAGGCCCAAACUGCAUUAGGGUUCAUGCAUGCCACCGGUAUUGGUGUGGAAUUUAACCAACCUAAGGCUCUGGUGUAUUAUACAUUUGCUGCAUUGGGUGGAAACUUCGUGGCACAUAUGAUUUUGGGUUACAGGUACCUUAAUGGCAUUAAUCUGCCUCAGCAUUGUGAAGCAGCCCUCAUUCAUUACAGAACCGCAGCGAAAUAUGUGGCAGAUAAUGUUGCUCUCUUUGGUGAAAUUCCAACUGAAAAGGUUCGACUGACAGAAAGAGCUGAAAAUCUGAGCUCCAAUGGUGAAAUAAUGGAUUUAGAUUUGUAUCAGUACUAUCAGUUUAUAGCAGAGAAAGGAGAUCUCCAGUCACAGGUUGGCCUUGGUCAGCUUCACCUAACUGGAGGCAAAGGAAUAGAACAAGACUUCGAGAAGGCUGUCUACUACUUAUCAAAGGCGGCUCAUGGUGGCAGUACCAAUGCCUUGGGCUUUUUAGGAAAGAUGUAUUCUGAAGGAAAUGAAAUUGUGCCUCAGAAUAAUGAAACUGCUCUCAUGUACUUCAGAAUGGCAGCUGAAAGGGGCAACCCUAUUGGACUGACGGGUUUAGGAUUAGCUUAUCUUUAUGGAAAAGGAGUGCCAGUGGAUUAUGAAGAGGCUUUAAAAUACUUUAAGAAGGCAGCUGAAAAGGGCUGGGUAGAUGGACAUUUUCAGCUUGGAGUCAUGCACUAUGCUGGCUUAGGGGUGAAGAAAGACUAUAAAAUGGCUGUCAAGUACUUUCACCAUGCCUCCCAAGCUGGUCAUGUCCUGGCCUUGUACAAUCUCGCUCAGAUGUAUGGGAGUGGAACUGGCGUGGUUAGAUCCUGUCUCACAGCUACUGAGCUGUAUAGGAAUGUUUGUGAACGAGGCCAAUGGACUGAGAGAUUCUUAUCUGCAUAUUUUGCCUACAAGGAGAACAAUAUCGAUUCUGCCUUUCUUCAGUAUUUAUUCCUUGCCGAGCAAGGAUACGAAAUGGCUCAAAGCAACGCAGCAUACAUUCUAGAGUAUGAGCAGUCUGCACUCCUCUCACAGAUUGAUUGCUACCAUAUGGCUCUGAUAUACUGGAACCGAGCUGCAGCUCAAGGUUAUUCCUAUGCUCGGAUUAAACUGGGUGAUUAUUAUUACUAUGGCUAUGGAACGAAUGUGGAUUAUGAAACAGCUGCAAUUCACUAUCGCUUAGCUGCAGAACAGCAACACAGUGCACAAGCUAUGUUCAAUCUAGCAUACAUGUACGAACAUGGUCUUGGGGCAGAGCAGGAUCUUCAUUUGGCUAAAAGAUUCUACGAUUUGGCUGCAGAAACCAGUGCAGAUGCACAAAUACCUGUCUUCCUUGCACUUUGUAAGCUGGGAGCCAUAAAUCUCAUCCAUUCUAUUCAACAUACUAAUCUCAGUGCAGUAUGGAAACACACAAGUCUGGAUCGAUUGCUAUGGCCUCAUUGGGAUCUUUUUCUGAUAAUGAUUUUAACUUUACUCCUGGCUGUACUGAUGGCCUACAGACAUGUCUAGAUGACAUGCCAAAGAAGUUACAUCUAACUUUCAGAGCUGCUGCUUGCUGGUUGCUUCACAAAUUUAGAUUUUUUGUGAAUAACUCUCAGAAGAAAUUGAUGUAAUCACUUAAGGUACAAGUUUCAACACUGUGACAU